AUGGAACACAAGCUAUCCCCUCCUGCAGGGGGCAAAGUGGUGCUUCUAUUCGGCUGCCAAUGCCUCUCCUUCGACGCCAACGACUUCCGCCGCCUGCGUUCUAUCGUCCUCGAUUUAGACGAGCAUUCAUGGGUGUUACACGUCCUUGCAGAACUGCCCGUCUACUAUCGAAUCGCAUCAAAAUUAGUUCCGCAACUGGGUUCUAUCCCAGCCGAGAAGCAGCUGCAGGACUUGCAUCAAUGGUUUUGUUCCGGUGAGGUCAAGGAGGACUACUUCCCUCUCCCAUACGUGCAGCUGGCUCCUCUGUUCAUGGUAUUGCAGUUUACGCAGUACGCGCAGUAUCUGCAUCUGACCAAUUCGGAAUAUGUGUCCACUGGUGAAAUCCAUCCAGCCGAGAGCCCCGUAGUGGAGAUCGCAGGCUUCUGUAUUGGCUUCCUCGGCGCUGUCGUGGCUGCCGCCGCGGCGAAUAGAGAACAAUUCCACGAGUAUGCCAAGGUCGCCGUGCGUUUAUCGAUGUUGCUUGGUGCAAUGGGGGAUGCCCAGGAGGUGGACAAUCGAUACACUUCACUGGCGAUGGUGUGGAAGGCGCCCGAGGCGGAAGAGCAGCUCUCCGUCGUACUGGAACAGUUCCCUGGGGCAUACAUCACCGUCCGCUAUGACACCAACAGAUCAACUCUCAUGUGUCCAAGACACUGCAUUGGACAGCUCCAGAAAGCCCUACACGAUGUCGGCGUCAACUCUAGUCCAGUCGAGUUCAAUGGUCGCUACCACUGGAGUGGACACGAACGGGCGGUUGGUGCCCUACAAUCGAUGUGUGAUAAGGUUGUCGGAUUGCAGUUGCCGGAUGCUUCUCGGCUUGUGAGGCCCGUUCGUGACAACGUGUCUGGGGAGGUAGUUAGCCAAGGACCUCUCCACCACCGCGUCGUGCAAUCUAUCCUCGCUCAGCAAUGCCAGUGGUCUCACACAUUCUCCACUCUACACGCCGCCAAUCUGACCUCCCCGGACUCCAUCUUGGUCGAAUUCGGCACAGAGCGUUGUAUUCCACCCUCGUUCAUGCGCAUCAUGCGCAGCCGCGUUGUCCACUACACAGAUCUAGAACUAGACCUCCUCUCCCGGCUCUCUCCUCUCCACCCCACGCCCCCUAUCUACGACGACGACAUUGCCGUAGUCGGCAUGGCUUGUCGCGUCGCUGGCGCGGACGAUCUCGACGAAUUUUGGCAACUUCUCUGCUCGGGUCAGUCCCAGCACCAGGAAAUGCCCGCAGAGCGCUACGAAAACUACGAAACGCCGUGGCGACCGGGCGCCACUCGCGGGUGGUUCGGCAACUUCAUGCGCGACAUUGACGCCUUCGACCACCGCUUUUUCAAAAAGGUCCCGCGCGAAGUCAUGUCACAGGACCCACAGCAGCGACUCCUUCUCCAGGUUGCGUACCAGGCCCUCGAGCAGGCAGGGUACUUCCAGCGUGCCGAUCCCGACCGCAAUAUCGGCUGCUAUGUCACCUGCUGCACUGUGGACUACGAACAGAACGUGAACUGCCAUACGGCGAGUGCAUACGCGGCUACGGGAUUGCUGCGCAGUUUCAUUGCCGGCAAGAUGAGCCACUACUUUGGUUGGCGGGGUCCGUCGCUCUGUGUCGAUACGGCGUGUUCCGGGUCGGCCGUGGCGCUGCACCAGGCAUGCAGGGCUAUUCUUAGCGGGGAGUGCUCGGCUGCGUUGGUCGGUGGGGCAAAUAUUUUGACAAGUCCCCUUGCAUUUGACAAUCUCAAUGGAGCGUCGUUCAUCAGCCCGACCGGUCCGUGCAAGCCAUUUGAUGAGAAGGCUGAUGGGUACUGCCGGGGGGAGGGUGUCGCCGCCGUGUUUGUGAAAAAGAUGUCGGACGCUUUGGCUGACGGCGAUACGAUCCUUGGGACUAUUGCUGCGACGGCGGUUGAUCAGAAUAAUAAUUGCACGCCGAUUGUGGUUCCCGAUGCCGCUUCGCUGGCGGGCUUGUUCACCAAGGUGACGCGCCGCGCCCGUCUAAUCCCCAAAGAUAUUUCCGUAGUGGAAGCGCACGGGACUGGAACACAAGCUGGGGAUCCGGCAGAAUACAGCAGCGUGCGACAGGUACUAGGCGGCCCGCAGCGUGGAUCGUCCCUCGCGCUCGGCUCUGUCAAGGGACUGGUCGGACAUACAGAGGGUGUCUCGGGGUUGGUAGCACUUGUGAAAGUGCUGCUCAUGAUCCACGAGGGCCAUAUCCCACCGCAGCCGAAUUUCCGUUCGAUGAAUCCCCAUAUUAAAACCGGUCCCGAAGACCACAUCGACAUUCCGACGCAGACGAUCCCGUGGAACGCGAAAUUCCGCGCGGCGUUGAUCAACAACUAUGGCGCCUCGGGCUCAAAUGCCUCUAUUGUCAUCACACAGGCUCCAUGCAGCAAGGAGAUGCACAAGUCUUGUGUCCACCGCGGAGACGCAAGCAUUCCGUUCCGCCUGUGUGGGUCCGACGAGUCUCGGCUCCGCGAUUCUGCCGAGAGACUCCGCCGCUUUCUCCGCCGCCAAGCCCUCUCCGCUUCCGCCAGCAUCGCCGACUUGGCGUUUGCGGCGUGUCGGCAGGCUAACCCAGCGCUCGACCGUCAUUUGUUGCUUCGUUGUCGGAGUAUUGCAGAACUGGACCAGAAAUUGACAGCUGUAGUUGAAGGUGGUAAAAAUGGAAUCGUGCAGAGGAAACCCACGCGUCCGGUGGUUUUGUGUUUCGGGGGACAAGUGUCCAUAUCGAUUGGGCUGGAUAGAAGCAUCUACGAUGCCCUUCCUUUACUGCGCGGUCAUCUCGAUGAGUGUGAUAGGAUAUUGCGGUCGCUGGACCAUCCCAGUUUGUACCCCGGCAUCUUUGAGCAGACGCCCAUCGCAGAUCAGGUCGACUUGCAGACCAAACUCUUCGCUCUACAGUAUUCCUGCGCCCGCUGCUGGAUAGAUUCCGGUGUACCCGUGACCGCUGUCGUGGGGCACAGCUUCGGCGAAGUGACGGCUCUUUGUGUGUCCGGCGUGUUGUCUCUGCGUGACGCAUUGGUCCUGGUGGCUCGUCGUGCUGCUCUCAUACGCCAUGGCUGGGGUGCAGACUCGGGUGCAAUGUUAGCCGUAGAGGGUGACCGCGCAGAGAUAGACCAGCUACUUGCGACAACGAACAGUGGCAUCACGGAUGCCUUCCCAGCUACGAUCGCCUGUUUGAAUGGACCACGCAGUUUCACUGUAGCUGGGCCCACGUGGGUCAUCGAUGCGAUGCAGCAGAUCAUCAACAGACCACUAUUUAAGCACAUGAGAGCCAAACGCCUGUCAGUCACGAACGCGUUCCAUUCUACCCUAGUCGAUCCCUUGAUUCCCGAGCUCGAACGCGUCACCGAUGGUCUAACCCUUCGAGAGCCCACGAUCCACCUGGAAAGGGCCACAGAGCAUCCAUCAACAGGCAUUCCUCCCUCGACCGUGGUUGCAGAUCACCUUAGGCAGCCUGUUCACUUCAACGAUGCCGUGCACCGUCUCGCCGAGAAGCAUCGCUCCGCUGUAUGGCUCGAAGCAGGGUCCAACUCCACCGUCACCCUCAUGGCGGCUCGCGUUCUCGCGUCUGUCGCUGACAAUCAUCAUUUCCAAGCGGUCAAUCUCAAUUCUGGAACGGGUCUACAGGGCCUCACCGAUGCAACCAUUGGCCUAUGGACAGAAGGCAUAUCAGCGACAUUCUGGGGAUAUCAUUCAUGCCAAACAAAAGAGUACACGCCCGUGCUCUUGCCUCCGUAUCAAUUCGAGAAGAGCAGACAUUGGAUGCAGAACGAGAAACUGCCUGUCCAGGCCACAGGACUCUCCACGGAAUUAGCAGCCUCAAAAGCAUCCACAGUGGUGACGUUCACAGGCUACCAGGACAAGAACGAGCGUAUAGCCAAAUUCAUGAUCAACACCUCCCAUCCAGAAUACCACGAUGCCCUGAGAGGCCACGUCGCCGCGCAAACUGCACCGCUAGCCCCCGCGUCUAUGAUGCUCGACAAUGUCAUCGAAGCGCUGCGAACCCUUCUCGAGUGCACUGAUAAAGUGCCCGUUGUGCGCACUGUCACCAGCGAAGCGCCCCUUUGUCUAGACCCCUCCCGCACGGUGUGGAUCGAGUUGCACGCGCAGGAUACAGAGAAGCAAGCUUGGAACAUCAGAUAUCUCAGCGAGAACAGUGAUAAAAGAUUCCGGACGCAGGUCCUUCACUGCAAUGCCCAAGUCAGCAUGCUCCGCCCUGACGAUCCCGGUCUGCUGGCCGAAUUCGCUCGCUACACCCGUCUGUUCCCGCAUCGUCGGUGCAAGCAGGUCCUAAACGACCCCAACGUCGAUGAUAUUCUCCAAGGACGCGCCGUGUACAAAGCGUUUUCCGAGGUCGUCGCGUACUCUGACCUAUACAAAGGUGUGUACAAAAUCGUUGGAAAGUGCACCGAAAGCGCCGGUCGCGUGACCAAACAGUAUACGGGAAAGACCUGGGCAGAUCCAUUUCUCUGCGACUCAUUCAGCCAGGUUGCGGGUUUCUGGGUGAACUGCAUGACUGAUCGUCCAGAAAGUGAUAUCUUUAUCGCCGCUGGUAUGGAGCAGUGGAUGCGCAGUCCGCGGCUGGCGGAUCCGCACACGCCGCGUCCUGCGCGGUGGGAUGUCUUCGCUACGCAUGUCCCUGGGGAGGAUGUGUACACCAGUGAUAUCUUUGCGUAUGAUGCAGAGACGGGUGAGCUCGUUGAGGUUUUCCUGGGUAUGCAAUAUACGAGAGUGGCGAAGAAGGCGUUUCGGAAGUUGCUGGGGAUGUUUGCGCCUGAUUACGGUGCCACUUCUGCUGUCGACAAGUCGGACGCGGUACCCCAUACUGUGCAGACGAGAGAUCAUCAAAAAGAGACAACAAAGAAGGAAAUUAAAACACCCGAUUUGGGUGCCAAAGUGAAGGCCAUCGUGGCAGAGUUCUGCGCUGUCGACUCGAAAGAGAUACACGACAAUAACCGCAUGGCCGACUCGGGCGUGGAUUCCCUUAUGGCGAUGGAGUUGGCGCGGGAGUUGGAAGAAUCCUUUCACUGCUCAAUCCCAGCAACUGACCUGAUGGAGGCCGAGACUUUCCGCGAUCUGGUAAACUGCGUCCGGACUGCGCUGGGUGAAGAUGAGCCCGAAGAGGAGGGUCCGAUAUCCAGCUCAGAGUCCGACGGGGAGGUUGAUAUGGGGCCGUCGGCAGCCGACUCAGUCACCACCGUGUCCUGCGACGACUCGGAUCUGUAUCUCCCACCGCAAACCGCGCUUGAUGCAUUCGGUGAGACGAAGAAACUCACCGACGCCUUCCUCGCGAACAACCAGUGCAGCGGGCGCGUGCAUAUCUUCAAUCCCGUACAGAUUCAACUCUGCGUGACGCUCACCCUCGAGGCAUUCGAGACGCUGGGCUCAUCAAUCCGCACUGCAAAACCGGGUCAGCGACUGUCUCGCAUCGUCUUUGACCCACAGCACCGCGAGCUCGUCGACUAUCUCUAUCUGCGUCUGGAAGAAGCGCGCAUUGUCGACCUCGACGGUGCAGCUGUCAUCCGCACGACGGUGUCCGUCCCGCCCAAGAGCAGCGCCGCACUUAUGCAAGAGAUCGAGCGAGCGUACCCUGAAUUUGCCGGUGCCAGCAAACUCUCCUUCUAUACAGGCAGCCACCUAGCUAGCGUCCUCCGCGGAGACCAAGACGGCCUACAGCUCAUCUUUGGCACGAAAGACGGCCAAGACCUCGUCUCCUGGAUGUACGGCGACGAGCCCCACAAUGUCGCGGGGUACAAGCAAAUGCUGGACUUUAUUCAGCGGGUUGCGAGCAAGCUGGACAGAGCAGACAAUACCGGUCCACUUAAAAUCCUCGAGAUGGGUGCCGGCACCGGCGGUGGCACGAAGUACUUUCUUCCUGGCCUGGCCAAACUAGGCUUCCCUGUCGAAUACACUUUUACGGAUAUAUCCCCUGCAUUCCUAGCUCAGGCGCGUCGUCGCUUCAAAGAGUAUUCUUUCGUGAAAUACCGCGUGCAUGACAUUGAGAAGGCCCCGGCAGAGGAACUGUUGGGAACCCAACAUAUCAUCAUCGCGAGUAACGCUGUGCAUGCCACUUCCAACUUGCAGGACUCGACGCGGUUCAUGCGACAGGCUCUUCGUCUAGACGGGCUUGUGUUGAUGUUGGAGAUGACGCGGCCUGUAUUUGCGAUCGAUAUCGUCUUCGGCCUGUUCCGCGGCUGGUGGGUGUUUCGGGACGGACGCACUCACGCCAUUACCAGCGAACGUCGCUGGGAAACGGAUCUGCACGCUGCUGGGUACGGACAUGUGGAUUGGACGGAUGGGCACUCGCCUGAAGUGAGUGUUCAACGGGUCCUCUUUGCGAUGGCAUCAGGGGAGCGGCGCGAUAAAUUGCCUAUCGCCAGCGCGCCGGCAGUUGGUCCCCUGGCGGGGGUCGAUAACACUCCCAGAGAACGAUUUACAACGGGGUAUGCUCGGACUGGCGUGGACGGGCUCACGUUUGACUCGAUCGCCUUCCCGCGCAAUGCUAAUGAAGUCAUAACGGUGCUGGUAACAGGUGGCACGGGCAGUCUGGGCAGCCAUCUCGUCGCGCAUCUUGCGCGGAUGCCGUCGGUACACCAGGUGGUCUGUCUGAAUCGGCGCACCACCAUAUCCGAUGCCACCGAGCGACAGAAACAGGCCUUGAUUGAGAAAAAGCUGUCCCUCUCACCAACAGAAAUGGCCAAACUCUGCGUCAUCGAAACCAACACGGCCGACGCACAUCUUGGCCUCCCGCACGACCGAUACGAAGCGCUAAUGGCAACGGUAACGCACAUCAUCCACAAUGCCUGGCCCAUGAAUGGCUCGCGCUCACUGUCCAGCUUCGAACUCCAGUUCAGUGUAAUGCGGCAGCUGCUAACCCUUGCGAAGGAAAUCUGUUGCCAGGGCGUAAAGCCCACGUUCCAGCUCGUGUCGUCCAUUAGCACAGUUGGGUACUACCCUCUCGUCGAGGGGAAGGCCACCGUCCCUGAAACAAAAACUCAGAUCGAAUACGUUCUGAACAAUGGCUACGGCGAAGCCAAGUUUGUUUGCGAGCGUAUGCUCCACGAUAGCCUGCUCCAGUACCCGGAUCGUUUCCGCGCGAUGGUCGUCCGACCGGGCCAGAUCAGCGGGUCGUCUAGUACGGGGUACUGGAAUGAUGGGGAGCAUCUUCCUGCGCUGAUCAAGUCUGCAGAGACGCUGAAAGCCCUCCCAGACCUGCGAGGCCCGUUGUCGUGGACGCCUGUAGACGCUGUGGCUGCUUCUUUGGUCGAUCUGCUGUUUGUCGAGUGUCCUCGUGCAGUGUACCAUAUUGAUAAUCCGGUGAGGCAACCGUGGGAGGCGAUGAUCCCUAUCUUAGCCAAGGGACUAGCCAUUCCAGUCGAGAAUGUUGUACCCUUUGCGGAGUGGAUCCAGCGUGUGAAGAACUUUCCGGGUAGUCGGGAGGAUAACCCGGCGGGGGUCAUGGCGGACUGGUUGGAGGCGAACUUCAAGAGAAUGUCCUGUGGGGGAUUGUUGUUGGAUACGACACAGGGGGUCGAGCAUUCUCCUGCUCUAAAAGAUGUUGGACCGGUUGGAGAGGAAGUUGUUCGAAAAUAUUUAUCCGGCUGGAUACAGAAGGGAUUCUUGGCUGGGCCCUACUAG